AAGUUUGUGACGCUCUAGUGUAUGGACGUGUUCACUUAUUGUUUCAACCACUUGCUGUUUUAGACGUUUCAAAUAUCUUAAUAUUUUGCUUGAUAACUAUUUAGUGUGUUUAUAAAUGUGAAAUCCUUUUGUGUUCAUAUAUUUAUAUACUAUCUAGUGUUCUUUAAAUAAACGGCAAUAAUAAUCGCUUCUAUCAAGCAAUAAUAUAUUUAUUUUAAGUCUUAAACAAUUAUUGAAUUUUCGUGUGUAAAAAUCGUAAAUAGUUUUCAAUAUGUUCAACGGAAUUACAAGCCAAAUGAGUAGUUGGAUUGGUAAAAAGCAAGAAGAUGUAGAAGAAACAGUGCCAUCACCAAAAACUGAACUUCCUGAAGAAUACAUUGAAAAAAAAGAUGAUUUAAGUCCUACAAAACCGUCUAGUAAACUAGAGUUGUUAGGAAAUGUGAAAAAUCAAAUGUCUAGUUGGUUGGGAAGUGGUAUAUCCGGUUUGCGUAAAAGUGACAGUGAAGUUGUACCUGAUCCCCCAGCAGAACUUUUACAAGAAACUACAAAAGAGAACUUUAAAGAAAAAGAAGAUGAUAAUUCCAGCGCUACUGGAGAUCCUGAUACUCCUAUUUCUGAGGGAGAAGAUGAUCUAGGAAAUACUCAAGGAGGAAAUGUAUCAACUAAAGCUCUUCAAGGGGCGAAGUCUAUUGGAAGCUUUUUAUACAGUGCUGUGAAUAAAGCAGGAAAAACUGUCAGUGAAGCAGGAGCAAAGAUAAAAAAAACUGUCGGAGAAAAUAGUAUACUUGGAGAGUUAAACAAAGAACAAGAAUCAUUUUUAAAGGAUAAAAAAGACAAUGAGGCUGCUGCUGUUCCACCUUGGAUUGGUCAUCCUAAUGAAGAAGCUGUGAAAGCUGAAUGUCUUGCUUUGUCAACUGAUAGGCGAAAUUUUGUACGCAGUCCUCCUGUAGGUAUAGAUUUCAGUUUCAAUUAUGAAACAUCUUAUCCUGUUGCUAUGGCUAUUUUAGCCGAAGAUCCAAAUUUAGAAAAAAUGCGAUUUGAUCUCGUUCCUAAAAUAAUAAACGAAGAAAAUUUCUGGCAAAACUAUUUCUACAGAGUCAAUUUAAUUUGCAAUGCAAGUAAUUUGGAAUCUUUAGAGUCAACUGAUUACAAUACAGCCUCAUCAAAUGUCAAUUCUGAUUUGACAGACACCACGAAUACUGACACUUACAAGUAUGUGAAAGAAUCUGAAUUUGUAUCGGAUACAUUUGCAGAACAUGAUACAAAUGAAAUAGAAGAAAUAAGGAAGAGCUUAAAAGAAAGUUUGGGUGUUGAGACUUCAGAAAAUGAAGAACAUUGGGAAAAUGAGCUGGAGGCUGAAUUACAGGAAUACGAGAUUAUCAAAAAUAAUGAGGAUGGCCAUACAGACAAUACAAAAACUGGAUUCAGUGAAAAAUAUGACCUCAAAUAAUUGUUCAUUUUAUUCAUAGUAGAUAGGUCUUAAUUAUAUUGUUAUAUAUUGAUUUUUUAAGGCUGGUGUUCUGAUGUAGAAUCUAGACUAUUAUCUAAAGAUUGACUGUUUUAAAUUUUAUUGUUAAUAAUAUUUCUAUUAUAUGAUAAUACUAUAUCUAACCAAAAAUGUAU